AUGAGUCAAUAAAAAGGGGGGCAGCAGUAGAGAGAGAAAGUAGAAUAGAGAUGGGGAGGGCUCCUUGCUGCGAUAAGGCGAACGUGAAGAAGGGCCCAUGGUCCCCUGAAGAAGAUGAAAAACUAAAGGACUUCAUCAACAACUACGGCCCCGCCGGAAACUGGAUUGCUCUCCCUCAAAAAGCCGGUCUGAAAAGAUGCGGCAAGAGCUGCCGGUUAAGAUGGCUGAAUUAUCUGAGGCCUAACAUCAAGCACGGCCAAUUUUCCGAUGACGAAGACAGAAUCAUCUGCUCCCUUUAUGGAACCAUCGGAAGCAGGUGGUCAAUCAUAGCAUCUCAGCUUCCGGGAAGAACAGACAACGACAUAAAGAACUACUGGAACACAAAGCUCAAGAAGAAAAUCCUCCAACCAAGAUUCCAACCACCGUUUUCGUUUCCGCUUCAGCUUCAGACACAAUCUUCUCUGUCGCAUUUGUACACCUCGUUUCUUGAUCAAUCUAGCGCUGCCGACUCCAUCAGUUUCUUAGCCCCACACAACUACUGCUCCAGCAGUAACCAAAAUGAGGAUUUUCAUGGCUACUAUAAUCCCAUGAAAGACAACAUGCUUGUGAGUGGGAGCUGCAGCCAGAUCAGCUACGGCGUCAAAAGCGAAGAAAUUGGAAAUUUUCAGGAUCGAAAUAACUCGUUCGCGCUUGAAGAUCAGCCCGGGUCGAUUGUUGAUCAUCACAAGCAGAAGCAGCGGAAUGGGGUUUUGGAGAAUACUCAGUUGCAGUAUGAUCUGGAGGAAGUCAAGCAGCUCAUUACCAGCGGCGGCGGUGGGGGUUUGUUUUUCGCCGACGAGAGCAAGGCUGGAGUGAUGGGAAUGCACUACUUUUCAUAUUAGGUUUUACUAUUGGACAAGAAAAUGGAAAUUAAUAGCUAGAGAUGUGCAUGUGACUAAUCAAAAUAUUAAGGCAUCUUAAUUUCUUUAAUUCAUUACCAAAUACUUCUCUUCUU